ACAGAAAAUAAAUACCUCCUUUAGGAUCACUCUUGCAGCUUUAGAAUUUUGUCAAUUGUAAAUUCAACAUCUGACACUUCAUUACCGUCACAGAAACAAAAUACUACUAUUAUGAUUAUGAUAAAUAUAGAACUCUUCAUAUUAGAAUAUAUUCUAUUUACAUUGUGUAGCUAUGCGCUAUAAUGGAGGGUUCCAAAUCGGGAGUUGUAAAAUUCCACAGAACUUGGACAAGUGGACAAGUGAAUAUCACGCGAGGGGGGCGAGGUUGUGUGGCGUCCAGCGACUAUUGUGUAUAAUGGACCAAGGUUCGGCUGUUUCCACCUAUGAACCGGUCCAACCUCACUGGGUCUAUCAAACGCAUGUGGAUGGUCAAGAUCUGUGGGUGGCCUUCAGCCAGUACGACUCAGACAAACUCAACCAAGGUUUGGAGAGGGUGACGGAGGCGCAGGAGGAAGUGGUGGCCACAGAUAGGGCCCACUAUGACGUCCUGCUGAAGGAGCGCAUCCGACGGGCAGCCUACUGGGAAGAGGAGCCCACUGCGGUCCUUCGGGGCACGUGGUUCUACAAGGGUGCCAAGGACCACCACUACAUACCAUACCCAGAGUCCAUCAGUGAACGUCUGGAGUUGGCAUAUAGAGAGGCUAUGCUGCAAAACCAGUGGAGGAAGACAGUAGAGUUUCCAACUGGUGAAGUAGUCAUUCUUCAGAGCCCCAAGCUUGCCACACAGUGGCCUUCAGUAACAUCAGUAGACGAAUGGGCCUCCACUGAUCAUAACUGUUCAGUGAAAAGGGGAAUAGAGAAUACUGGUGCUGAGAUACCCGGGGGGGAACCUGAAACUGUGGAUCACCUGGUGUUCAUGGUACAUGGGAUUGGGCCUUCAUGUGAUAUCCGCUUUCGAACCAUCAUCUCAUGUGUAAAUGACUUUCGUCAUGCGACACAGGGAUUGGUGGAGACUCAUUGCAGGACGGCACUGGCCGAGGGCCAGAUCGGCCGAGUGGAGUUCCUGCCAGUUGACUGGCAUAGCCCCCUACACGGUGAUGCCACUGGAGUAGACAAGGUGAUACAGUGCAUCACCCUCCCCAGCGUCGAACGACUCCGAAACUUUGCCAACGAGUCAUUACUUGAUCUGUUCUUCUACAGCAGCCCCACUUACUGCCAGGUCAUCCUGGACACUGUGGCCACUGAGCUCAACCGCCUCCACGGCCUGUUCUGCUCACGUCACCCCAACUUCCAGGGCCAGGUGUCUCUAGUGGGACACAGUCUAGGCUCUCUCAUUCUGUUUGACCUCCUGACUAACCAGGUGGUUGGCUCGGGCCACCCUAACACCCCUGUGGACCUCGGCAGAGGUGCAGGGGCCAUUUUGGCUCCUAGUCCACAGAGCCGUGGCCUGAGAGCAACAGUGAGCGGUGUGGAAUCGGACGGACACCAGCACUCCACCAAAUACAACCGCAUGCGUCUGAUCAGCAGCAGUGUGGAUAAUGACAGUUUCGACUUAGGGGUUGGCCAGGUGUCCAUCCGGUAUCCUCAGCUCUCCUUCAACCCCUACAUGCUCUUUGCUUUGGGCUCCCCCAUCGGAAUGUUCCUGACAGUCAGAGGCCUCAGGCACAUCGAACCUCACUACUCCUUACCUACCUGCAAGGGCUUCUACAACAUCUACCAUCCUCUGGACCCAGUGGCAUAUCGUAUUGAGCCUCUGAUCCAGUCCAAUACAUACAUGCCGCCUGUCCUUAUUCCUCACAUCACAGCUAAGAGGACACACCCUUACUUUGGGCACAGUGUGGAACGCCUGACCACAGACCUGAAGCACAAGAUGACCUACGUCCUCCUCUAUGCCUGGCAGUACUUAAUUCGUCCACCUUCAAGCAGCAGACAGAGCAUUCAAGGUUCAUCAGCUUCACAGCAACAAGAGUCCAGCAAACUCCUACCCCAGUCUGAGAGGACAAAUUGCAUCAGUACUGGAAGGCUUAACAGGGGGCGCAGGAUUGACUACGUCCUCCAACAAACAACCAUGGAGAGUAUCAACGAAUACCUGUUUGCCAUCCAGAGUCAUUUGUGUUACUGGGAGUCAGAGGACACAGCCUUACUACUCCUGAGAGAAAUCUAUGACGAGUCUGGUAUUGUGUUUGAGAACCUGCCAUCAUAGACACAAAUAAAGUCAUUAAAACAUGAAAUUAACACUCUG